CCCAGCGACCCGUUCUGGUCGUCGUGGCCCAACAGAACCUCCAGCUGAGAUUUCCAUUCAUCUCAUAUUGUUUUUCUAAAGGUCGGAGGAUUUCAACCAGGCUGAGCUCUGGGCUUUGACUAAGCCACUGUAACGCCUUCGUCAAACAUCCUGUUGUAGACUCACUGUGUCUUCGGAACCAUCAGUCUGCUGACGACCUGGCUUGGGUCUGGCUGCAACUGAGGAGCAGACGGCUUCAGAUCAAUCCCACAUCACCAGCCUGCCACCGCCGUGCUUCACAGCCGGGAUUUCUGCUCAUUUCUCUGAAGUUUCAGUUCUGCAGAAUAAUGGAUUCAGGUAGUUUGGUCAUGACCUUUGAACCCUUCCCAGCAUCAUUGCUGAUCUCUUUCCCUCCUGGCAUCGUGUUUAACAGAACCACUGUUCAAUCAGCUGGGUCCAAAUCCACCAGAACCGGGUCAGCAUUACUAUUUCACAUUUUCUCCAUUUUAUUUUUUCAGCUCAAAACAAACUGAGAUUUCUCUCUCAGUCAUCUGUCGGUUCCUGGUUCUGAUCCAGUUCAACAAUCCGAACCUGAAUGGAACCAUUUCUGCGGCCCAGUCUGUCUCAUUGGAUAUGAAAAGUUCAGAACUUUUUCCUCCGUGGGACUCCGUGUUUUCCAGCGUCUGUUUUCACAGAUGUGCCAAACAUCUGGAGCCGAAAACACCUCAGGGCGUCCCUACCUGGGCCCCUGGCGGCCCCGGGGGGCCCGCGGGUCGGCUCGCUCUUGUUUGUCCUCCAGAUCGGAGCGGGUUCCCUCUUUCUCGGCGAGGUUCAUUUGGGUAAGGCGCUGAAACGGUUAAAAUGUCUCCGCGGAAAGUAAGCGGACACCGCGCACACACCUGACCCCGCCCACCCGGACCGCCCCGCCUGCGGCAGCGAGCGCACACACACUCUGCGAACUUCCCUCAGUUGGUCCGGAGCGGCAGCGGAGCAGCAGGAGUUCGGUCCGGACGGGCAGGACGGCGCAGAGGGGACACCAUGAAGCUCCUCCUGCUGCUGCUGGUGAUGAUGAUGAAGAUAUCUGGCAGCAGCAUGAUGAAGGAGACGAUCUCAGACCGAGGAAUCAGAACCAGACGCUACGCCAUCAACCCGCUGGGACACAAGUGGACUCACCACAACAUCACAUACAGGAUCAUAAAGUUCCCCAACACGCUGAACAAGGAGGACACCCGGAAGGCCAUCAGCAUCGCCUUCACCAAGUGGAGCGACGUGUCGCCGCUGACCUUCACCGAGGUCACCAACGGCAGCGCCACCGCUGACAUCACCAUCGGUUUCUACACCUUCAACCACACUGACUGCUGGUGGUCUCCUCUCCAUCCGUGCUUCGACGGCCUGAAUGGGGAGCUGGCUCACGCCUUCCUGCCGCCUCGAGGAGAGAUCCACUUCGACAACCACGAGUUCUGGAUCCUCGGGAAGUCCAGGUUCAGCUGGAAACAAGGCGUCUGGCUGAACGACCUGGUUCAGGUGGCGGCUCAUGAGAUCGGUCACGCUUUGGGGCUGUGGCACUCCAGAGACCCGGAUGCCCUGAUGCAUCCCAACGCCACGUACACCGGGCAGAGAAACAUCGCUCAGGACGACGUGUGGGGGAUCCAGAGGCUCUAUGGAUGCCAGGAUAAGAAGAGGGUCUGUGAUCCAUGGGCUCGACUCGGAUUCUGUGAACGGAGGAAGACCUUCAUGAGGAAGAACUGUCCGCAGCGCUGUGACCUCUGCUACGAGCCCCUGGAUGUGGUCGCCAUGCCAACGUCCCCCCCUGCCAAUGUGAAGAUCAAGAUGGUUCCUCGAGGGAAGGUGGUGGGUUUCCGCUGUGGCACUAAAAGCCUCCGUUCUCCCCCUAAAGUCAGCUGGUACAAAGACGGUGAGCAGAUCCUGACCUCCAUUCCUGGGUACAUUGUGAUGAAGGACAGAGACCUUCGCAUCGUUGCAAAUGAGUUCAACGAGGGCGUCUACACCUGCCGGAUUCACCGGCGUGGAGACAUCGUGUCCGCCAACUCCUGGGCCAUCCGGCUGAAACCAGAGCAGCCGUCCAACAGCUGAGAACGUCUGCAGGCGUCAACACAGGGACAGCGAGGGGACACAGAGGCAUAUGGGGCGAAGCGACCCUGAGGAAAAGUCUAUCAGUUUGUAGGGACACCACAUUCCCAAAGGACCCGUCUUAUGGGCAGACAUUUACAUGGAGCAGAACGUUACCUCAUCUCCUCAGAACUGGUACUGAAGUCAGGGACAUCAAUGAGUUGCACAAUGCUUUGCCAGAGUCAGGUUCAAGUUAGGAGAGCUUGAACCAUCAAUCAGUGGUCUAACUGGAGUUUGCUCUCCUUGGGGGUCACCAUCUCACUUGGGCUCCUUCAGACAGAGUGAAGACCUUGUUCUGCUCUCUACAGCCUACAUAGACCUGUUUGAACACCACAGACCCAUGAGAUGCUCUUUGACCUCUCUCCACAUCACUUGCACCUUCCAACAGUGAUUCUACUUAUGAAAUCCGGACAUCAUUGUACCUGGGCAUCAAACAUGGCUCAACAGUCUCAGACUGGAUCACAUUGCCAGAACAUAAGAGGUUUCUAUUAUAUCAGCUUUAUCUGUGGAGUUUUUCUGUGUCUCAGCCUUGGUCCGGACAGGCGGACAGGAAAUAGAAUCAUUGUCUUCACACCUGAUCUGGUAUUCUCUACUUGGUAUCAAUGACUCGACUGUACAGAACUGGCACAAUGUCGAACCUUCAAACCCAAAGCUUAUCCAGGUCAGGGUGGGUCUCUAUCGGCACCAUCAGAAGAACCCUUCAGAGAACCUGGUUUGGGUUCCUAAUCAACCCCUGGAAGAUCUCACCACGGUCCUACAAACUCCACCCACAGUUAGCCCGGAUAUUCAUUUCUGAUUUCAACUGGCGGUCCAUCUGAUUGGCUGAAUUUAUUUCUGUCAUACAGAGUAUUUCUACGGGGGUCCUUGAAGUCGCAGUAUAGAACUUUUAGAAAGAAUAUUUGUUGAAACUGUCACCAUGUUGUGACUGUUUGCUAUGAUUCAUAGUCUGUGGAAAAAAAUUGAUCGACAGUGCUAAACCCCGCCUCCUUUGUGCGCAUCUUAGCACUAAGAGCCACUCUGAUUGGUUGUUUCUGGUUAGCAGUGGGAGAAAGCAGAGGAACUCCAUACUGUCUGGUGACAGCUUCAACAAAUAUGUAAAAGUCUCUAUUUUUUUUUAAUAAAAGUUAUACACUGCAGCUUUAAACUCCCACAGCCAACAUCUACCAGAUAACUAAAUUCUAGUUCCUAAGAUUGUAAUGAUAUAAACUUUUUGAUAUGUAGAGCAGCUGAAAUAAACAUUGUUGGCUUCCAGUUGCAGGAACUUAUUCUUUCCUAUCCACCUGAGAAAUAUUUACUGUCUCACAAAGUUCCAGCUUCUCUUGUUAUUGGAUGAGUUUAGGUCUCAGAUUUCUCAAGUGGAAAUAAAAGAUGUCAAUCAAA